AUGGCACCUCAACCGCCAAAUGCCCAUCAAACUACCUCCGUAACUUACGCUGAAAUAGUAAAAUCUCACUCCUCAAAUCCCACUGAACCUGCUGUCACAAUGACGCAAAUACUUAGCAUUAUCAAAAAACUAUUUGGAACCAUUCAAAAAUGUCCAGAUUCAAACUCUAAAGACGCUAUUCUAAAUACAGUCAUGUCAAUUCUCAACUCCAUUCCUGAAAAUCAUCAUGUCUAA